AUGAACGAAGUCUAAUUAUUAAAAAAUGAAUAAAAAAAAAAAAAAAAACUCUCUACCAUUUUUACUUAAGAUGGAAUUCCUAAUAAAAUAGUAGAAAAUUUAUAUUUAGGCUCCGUAGGUUCCGCAUGGUAAAAAAACUCAUUAAUUCAACAUUAAAUCAAAUACGUUUUAACAAUACUUGAUUGUUAAGAGCCAGUUUUUCCUGAUAUAAUCGAACAACAUAAAAUAAUACGUGUAUAUGAUAACUUGACUUAAAACAUUAUUUAAUAUUUUGAUGAAUCUGUUUAAGAAAAUAAAAAUGUUUUAGUACACUGUUAUAAAGGUAAAUCAAGAUCAGCUUCAAUUUCUAAAACUCCAAAUAUAGCUAACAUUUCAAAAUAUCUUGAAACCAUUUAAAAGUCUUUACAUGUUUAUUAUGUAUAAAUAUCAUUUCUUUCUUCAUGGUCACAUUUUGCGAAAAUUUUAAGUGUGUGA